AGAAGUGGGUGACUUAGGAGUAUCCUCUCCACUUCUGACCCUUAGUUUCGUCUGUGCACAACUCGCUCAAAAUGGGCAACUCACUAAGUGUAUUUUGUUCCUGGUUCCGCCGCAGGUCCUGGCCAUGCCAUCAGCAACCUGCUCGUCUUGUCCGUGAGGCCUUCCCAGCUGGCCGGGCUCACCCCGCAGCUCCUGCACCUGUGCCUGCCCCGGGAAUCUGGGGCCGUUUCCCACUCCUCUUCAACCGUCAGCGACAUCUUGGGCCUUAUUUUCCAGUCAGGUGUGACGGCGCCCCUGUGAGGCUGUGUCUUAUCCCUCGGAACAUGGGCACCCCACAGAGGGUCCUGCCUCCUGUGGUCUGGAGCCCCCCCUCAAGGAAGAAACCCGUGCUGUCUGCUCGCAACUCCAGGAUGUUUGGAUACCUCAGCCCCGUGAGGAUCCCUCGUCUCAGAGGCAAGUUUAACCUUCAACUUCCUUCAUUAGAUGAGCAGGUGAUCCCAGCCAGGCUCCUGAAAACGGAGGUGAGGGCAGAAGAGCCCAAAGAAGCAACGGAGGUGAAAGACCAGGUAGAGACCCAGGAGCAGGAGGACAAUAAAAGGGGCCCCUGUAGCAAUGGGGAAGCAGCCUCCACCUCUAGGCCCCUGGAGACUCAGGGAAACCUCACUUCCUCCUGGUACAAUCCCAGGCCCUUGGAGGGAAAUGUCCACCUCAAGAGCUUGACAGAAAACAACCAGACUGACAAGGCCCAGGUGCAUGCAGUGAGUUUCUACUCCAAGGGCCAUGGAGUUGCCAGUUCACACAGCCCUGCUGGAGGCAUCCUUCCCUUUGGGAAGCCUGACCCACUUCCAACAGUGCUCCCUGCCCCAGUUCCGGGCUGCUCCCUGUGGCCAGAGAAGGUGGCCUUGAAGGUGCUGGGUAAAGACCACCUGCCCAGCUCUCCAGGCUUGCUGACAGUGGGGGAGGACAUGCAGCCCAAGGAUCCUGCAGCUCUCGGAUCAAGUAGGUCUUCUCCACCCAGAGCUGCCGGCCACAGGUCCCGCAAAAGAAAACUGUCGGGGCCACCGCUGCAGCUGCAACCGACCCCUCCCCUGCAACUGAGGUGGGAGAGAGAUGAGAGGCCCCCACCUGCUAAGCUUCCAUGUCUAUCUCCUGAGGCACUGUUGGUGGGUCAGGCUUCCCAAAGAGAAGGACGCCUCCAGCAGGGCAACAUGCGUAAGAACAUGAGGGUGUUAAGUAGAACAUCAAAAUUCAGGAGACUAAGACAGCUGCUUAGGAGGAGAAAGAAGAGACAGCAGGGCAGGCGUGGUGGCCCACGCCUGUAAUCCAGCACUUUGGGAGGCCCAGGUGGGCGGAUCAGGAGGUCAAGAGAUUGAGACCUGAGGAGCAUCUCUGCCUGCACCAUCUGGGAAGUGAGAAGCGCCUCUGCCCGGCCCCCUCACCAUCUGGGAAGUGAGGAGCGUCUCUGCCCGGCUACCGCGCAACCUUCCAAGUGUGAAGUGACAGCCUUGUGUGUGAUCUUUCUGCCUUCCCCAAGUUUGCAUUUUCGACAUUAAAGUUUACUUUUUAAUUAAAAAAAAAGGAGAUCGAGAUCAUUCCGGCCAACAUGGUGAAACUCCGUCUCUACUGAAAAUACAAAAAUUAGGCGGGCAUGGUAGCUUGUGCCUGUAGUCCCAGCUACUCGGGAGGCUGAGGCAGGAAAAUGGCUUGAACCCAGGAGGUGGAGGUUGCAGUGAGCCGAGAUCGCACCACUGCACUCCAG